AUGCAGCCCCACACCCGUCCCAUCUUUUGCGUUGGCGGUUUCGGCUUCUGGUCUCGCAAAGAGGCCGACGUUGAGGCGGCCUCCCCGCAGGAUGCUGCCCCGUCUCCUCGCCCUGCGCAGCCCCACGUUCUCCUCUUCACCUCGUCGAUGGACCGUAGUUUGUCUCUCGUCGACGUCUCGCUGUCUCCUGUCUCCGAGCCUGCGCAUCCCUCCCCGCCAGCUCAGGCGGUGUCGCCUCCCGACGCACUCUCCUGGAGGACGAAAAGCGCGUUGAAACUCGAGACCUCGUGGCCACAGCCCACGAAAAAGAAUCUCCAGGGCAUCGCGGCGCGCGCGUUGUGGCUCUUGAACACCCUCGGGGGCUGGGUCAACUCGCUGUCUGUCUCCGCGUCUUCGCAUCUCCUCGUAGGCUGUGGAGACGCCACAGUCCGCGUGGUGGAUCUUCUCCAGCUCCUGCGGCAGGAAAAGGGGGAGCGGGCGCCUCGGCUCUCCGCCCUGUCCCCUGCCGCGCUUUCUAACUCCGACUGCGCGUUGUCUCUGGCUCUUGAGACGUCGAACGCGUUCAGCUGCGGCCGUGGACCGGCUGCCGCCGACGCGGCAAAGGAGCACGGUCCUGCCGACGCGCAAACGGCCGCCCCGCAGGCGCCUUCCGCCUCGCCUCAGGUCACCGCCGAGGCUCAGGACGCCCUUCGCGCGGCCAUAAACAGGUACGGCGACGAAGCCCUCGCCAGUCACGCCUUCUCCUCCCUGUCGCUGUGGCGAGGUCUUCUUGCCCCCGUCGAAAGGGUUGCGUGGCAUCCCGAGCUCCCCGAAGUCUUUGCUUUCGGCCUCGCAGAUGGGAACUUUGGUCUCGGCUUUCUCUCCGGCUUGGAAGGCUCUUCCGCAGCGCUCCCUAUCGCGUCUCCCGCAGCUUCUUCGCAGGUUGUUCUCCUCUCCAGCUCUGCCUUGCCUGGCAAGGCGACGCGCCUCCACUGGGUCCGGUGCCCUGGCGCGAAGGCCCGAAAGCGCCUUCUCUCGCAGCUGCAGAGCGACGGCCAGGCGGGCGAGACGUCCGCCCGGAGCUGCCGAAUGGAGUCUCCGUGGCGAGACCAAAUGGGAAACCAUGCCGAGUGCGGCUCGCGAGAACAAAGGGACGAGAAACGCGGUGAGACGAGCCGUGCGAAAGACGCCAGGCGCGACCGUGAAGAUCCCUUCGCUUUCUGGGUCCUCCUUUGCGGCACGGAGACAGGGGCGCUGCAGGUGACUUCGUCUCUCCCGGAGAUCCUUCUCGCGAAGAAAAACGCGGCGCUGAACGCGUCGGCGUCCCCGCCGUUCAUCCUCGGAGAGGCGACCGAUGCGCGUGUGCCUGGCGGAGGCUCCAACUCGAUCGAGGCUGAACGAAGAGCCUCGAAACACCAAGCGCCUCGCCCAGAGGCAGAAACCAACCCGGCCGUUUGCGCUGCGGCUGACGGGCUGGCUGCCGAUGUCUCGACAGCGGCGGCGCGUCACGACGAGCCUGUCGAGGCGUCUGGUGUCUCCGUGCGGAGCGGCGGAGACGAGGAUAUCCGACCUGAUUUGGAAAAAGGGAAGAAUCCGAGGAAGAAAGUCGAACUGGAAGGCCUUCCCUUUGUGCUCGCUUCGGUGUCGACCUACGUGAUCAACGCGCUGAUCGCUGCUCGCCAGCCGCCCUCGACACGGCGCAGCGCGGGCGACGGCCAUGAGGCCCCGCCGGCGCAAGGACUCCUCGGGAACAGAGACAACGGAGGGAGUCUCGAAGGCGAGAAACAAAGCCGGGGAAGCGUUUUGGCUGAAGAGCGGCUCCUCGAUGACUCCGAGCCCGAGGGACGCUGGGACGUGGUUUGCCUCGUCAGGGAACGCGCGCAGCCGGUCAAAGCAACCCAAGGGGGAAGCAAAGGAGACGCCACGAUGAAAGAGGAAACUGUGCGGGAACUUCUAUUUCUGCUUCCUGUCGCGUCCGAGGACACUGCGGAAGUGAACGGGAAAUCCUCCAACUUCUUCUCAGGUUCGCCUGUCUCUCCGUUCUCUCCCUCUUCUGCGUCAAGUGCUGCCCCUUCCCCAGUCUCCUUCCGUGUUCUCGGGUCCGUGCCACUCCCCCUGAAGGCGGCCGCGACGUGUGCGGCCUCGACGCUUCCUCAGAAAUGCAAGGCGUGCGAAGAGCGAAAGAAGAGUCGCCUAGCGAGGGCAGAGUUUGCGGCACCAGGCGAGUUCACUCAGCUUCCAGCAGUGCAGAACGAACAAGCGCAGGAGACGAACGGGAAUCUUGGGCACGACAGCCAGGUGUUUUGUCCUUCGCUCGCCUCGGAGAAACAGUUUCCUCCGUGCAUGCGGCUGCUCGUUGUCGGAGACGCCAGCGGGGCCGUGUGGGUUGGUGGUUGGCCGCGGCUCUUCAUGGCUCUUGUGGGUUCUGAAGGAGACGCGGGCACGCCUCCUGCCGGGCGUCGUCUUUGCACAGCCUCCGCGGAGGCAAACGCGUCCGUUCUCUCCCGUGCCUCGUGUUCGGAUCCUGUUUCGAACCUUCUUCCUCUUCCUACCCCUCCUUCUUCGCCGCCUCCAGCGUCGCUGUUUUGGCUAGGUAUCCCUCCUAGAGCUGGGAAACAGGGAGGAGCUUCUCGAGGCCGAGGCGAGGCGGUUGCGAGGCAUGCAGCGUCUGGGGUGAAAGGACGCACGACGGCUGUCGCCUUAGGCACGCGCUGGAUGUCACAGAAGAGACAGGGCGAUGACCAGGAGACGCAGUUUCUCAUGGAAGUUCUCCUCGGCGCGACCUUCGCGUCGGGCGUUGCUGAGGCCUUUGUCCUGGAGCCGGAAGGCGCAGGCAGCCCCUCCGGAAAGGGAAAGAAGAAAACGACGGAAAACGAAGUCGCCGACAGAGAGCGAAAAGGUGUCGCGGCGGAGGAGGGCGGCGACGACAACCAGAUGAAACACAGCAAUGGACUUCCAGAAGAAACAGACGAAGCACACGGAGGAGAGGGAGACGAAGGAGAUGAUGGAGAUAAGGUGGAAGGGUGCGGGAGCGGUUUGCGUGCUGUCUUGUUGGGGCGACUUGAACGGGCGGCGUGUGCUGCGAUCUCGCAGGGGCAAGGCCUGGAGAAACGUGAGACGAGGGAGGAAGGAGAGGCGCCGAAAGAAGAAGGGAAAAAAGGAAAGAAGACCGAGGGAGACUCGGAGAAGGACGAAAGGAAGGCUGAGGGACAGAAGGAGACGACGACCGAGGGAGAGAAAGAUACGACGAUCCAAGGAGAGAAAGAGACGAAGGAGGGAAAGAAGAGCCAAGGCGCAAACACGAAGAAGGAGAAAGGCAAAGGCGGGGUGGGAGACCAAGGCGGUGCUCUCCUGUCAUGUUGUUGGCAUGAACAGCCCAUUCCUCCGAGGCUUAAAUUGAUUUUAGGUGGUGUCGAGCAAAGCGUUUUUGUCUGGGAUCCCCUCGCCCUCCCCUCCUUUCCUCCUUCUCCUCCAUCCAUAUCUUCUUCCUCUUCUUCCUCCACGUCGUCUUCCUCUUCUUCCUCCACGUCGUCUUCCUCUUCUUCCUCCUCGGCGUCACCUUUGGUGUUGUCUUCAAACCGUGGAGCCUCUCCUCUGUCUCCUGCGGAUACUUACCCCCUCCACCCCCAGCGUCUCCAGGAGUUCGCUCGGGGCGGUGUCCAUACAGCUCGCCAAGCGCUCAUCUUUUCUGUACAUGAUGCGCUCUCUCGGCAGCAGUCUCACGGCCACCUCGGCGACACCUGGUCUCGCCUUUUUCUUCUCUGGCUCUCCGUUUGCGAACGAAAACACAAACGCCAAACGGCCUCCCCAAGCUGCGCUGUACAUCCCGCUCUGCUCCUCGGCGGGCGGUUUCCGUGGAUGCUUCACGCUCGCAGCGAUCAGGUCGACGUAUCUCAGGGACAAACCACAUCUCCCUCGCCAUCGUCUGACUCUCCUUCCUCUUCUUCCUCUUCUUCUUCCUCUUCUUCCGCUUCUUCAUCUUCUUCUUCUUCCUCUUCUUCCUCUUCUUCCUCUGUGUCUUCUGUGUCUUCUCUGUCGCAGUUGCCUUCGGCGUGUCUCUGGCUGGCCCUCGGGAGCUCUGCACUUCUCGGCGAGGAGUCUCUGGAGGCGCAGCGCAGCUGGAAGAGUCUGGUCGACAGCUUUGUCCAGCACAGGCUGUGUGAGGCCGAGCUUGUUCUGACUGGGGAAGACCGAGGAGACGCGCAGGAGACACGCGACGAAACUGUCCAGGCAAGGAACAGCGCAAAGGGGGCGGUGCACGAGUGCAGCGCUCUCCUCCUGAGCGUCGGCGAGGCCGAGAAGGCGCUCGGGGCGUUUCGACGAUCUCACCUCUUUGGCCACGCCCUGCUGCUUUCGCGCCUUUUCUCCUCUGCGUCGGGCGAGAUGAAGUCGACAGGACUUCCCUCGGAAUCUGCCGUCUCCCGAGAAGCAGGAGUCUUGUGGACACAGGAGAGCGACGACGAAUGGAAAACCAACCAGAUUCUUCUUCAGUGGGCAGAGUGUCUCCUGGGAAAAGACGAAACGGUCGCAGCUGCCGUCUUGGCCGUCGCGGCGAAAGCGCGACUGCUGGCUGCGGCAAUCUUGCUCGAGGCAGGUGUACGUACACCCGAACGACCCCUGCAAGCAGAGCGGGCGAAGCGCUGGGACGCAGCCCAAAAGGUGGGGAGAGAAUCUGGAGAGAGAGAGGAAAUGCAGCUGGCCGGCGAGAACCGCGACUGGGAGCAGAGGGAAACAGAGAAGGAGAAACUUCUUCUUCUCCUGCUCGCGCUGUGGAGCGCUCGGAUUGCCGUCACAGACAUCUUGAAAGAGCGCGAAAAAAGGAGCAAUGCACCAGUCGCGGAAGAACAGAGUUUCUGCGACUCUGAAUCUCAACAUACAGACCCAGAGGAAAGGAGAGACGUGGACUCGGAGGAAGAGGAAACUCUCGGAAAUCCACGCGAGCGUCGACAACGCGAAGAACAAGGAAUAGCGGACGCUCCAUCCUAUCUUCUCGACUCUGGCGCUGCGGCAUCUGCGGAAAUCUCCGACACCACCCUUGUGGAGACUCUCCUUCCUCUCCAUCUAAGCGCCGCGGCGGCUCUUGCAAGAGCUGGUCCACAGUUCUUCGAUCCCGCGUGCCGCGUCCUGUCUGGCUCUUGGGAGUCUCUGUUGACGGUUCCACCUUCAGCUGCCGCCCCUGAAGUCGGUGUCGACGUCGCUGCAUUCCCUUCUUCGCCUUCACAUUUAGAUGUUGUUUCGUUCUCGUCCUUCGUCUCUUCUCGUAGCUCCAGAGGCGAGGCACGAGACGCUGCAACUGCAAACAACGCUGCUGCGUCCAGAGAGGCCGUGGAAACAGCGAGGAAAACCUGCCUCGACAGACUGCUUCGAGAGCUCCUGGGGAACCGCUCGUGCGAUGGCUGGGGCGAGUGGAGGGAGGGGAGAGGCCCACAGUUCGGCGGGCGAAACGAGGAGAAACAGGAUAUCGUGAAGGAAGACGCGCUCGCCUCGGCUGUCCAGCAGAGUCUCCAGGGCCAUCAGGCUGUCUUCGUUGCUCAGUGGCUCUUGUCUUGUCUCGCUCGCGAGGGGCGGUCGCUAGCUGGAAUGGCUAGCCAGGGCGGCUUUCCCAGUUUCGAGGAAGACCUCGGAACGCAGACACAGCUAGCGGCCGUUUCCUCCAGCAGUCUCCACGUGUUUCUCGCCAAGUGGCGAGGUCUUGAGGCGGCGAGCGCGAAAGGCUCUGGGAACCUCAAGACAUCGGCAGCUAGCCACCGAGCUAGUCAAGACACGGAACUGGGCCUCGAGACGGAAGACGCCAUGUGGGGCCAUGUCGUGGCUGCCCUCGAGAGUUUCGAAGCGGCAGUCAAGCUGUCCGCCUCCACAUGCAGUUCUGCGGCGUAUGCGGCCUCUGAGGCGCUGGCCGAUGCAGGCGCGACAGUCGAGCGAGGGGGCCAGGCGGGGAACGGCCGAGAAAGACUGGAGAAAGAAGAGAGCGAGGGGACAACGCAAAGCGGAUCGCGGGCCGAAAACGCGUCUCGGCAAACGGAGACUGAGAUUCUCUCAAUCGCUCUCCAUUGGGCGUCUCUGCUUCUUCUUCGCUGCGACUUUCCCGUCUCGCCUCUCGUCGUCCUGCCACCACGCGACGCAUCAGGCAAGGGGCGUCUUCGUUUUCUCGGCAAGAAGCUUAAUCCUGAAGUGGCACCCUGCGAAGACGAGGACGGCAGUGCUUCCUCGUGUGUGUCUCUCUUUGUCAAGUGGGACGGAGACAACGCUUUUCAGCUCGGGUCUCCAGGAAACGGGGCCGGCGUCGCAGUGCGUGUCUCCGUCCCAGAGCUCCAAGUCCUUCUCGUCAAGGUCGCGUAUCGGCCGUUCCUGGAGCGGGUCGCUGGAAUUCGCUCUCUAGCCUACGCCGAACGGUUUCUUUCUUCUCUCCUGAGACUGAUGCUGUUCGUCGCCAUCAGCCCUCACGCCUUUCCGGACUUCCACACGCCCCGGUCGCUUCCUGAAUUUCGAGCAGAUCCAGAGUCUGUGGGAAGGGGCGCCGAGAACGGUUUUCUUCGAGGAAGCGAAUUCUGA